UAUAGAACAGAAAUAAGUACCUUUUCCUAUGGCUUUUCAUGGGGUAGUCUCAAUUCUGGAGAUCCGUAUGGUUUUCCUACAGGUUGAAAGAAAAGGAUUGUUUAUAUUUAAAACACAAUGUUUUUCUCUUGGUCAUUUCUUCAACCUGCUGUUUGAUUAGAGGAAGUCAGGAAAGGAGAUAUAAGAGAGACGUACAGCGAUACUCAACUCAGUCUCUGCAGACAUCGGUCACCUCACAAGAGCACCUUCUGUGAAGUUCAGGGUGCUUGAAUUGUGCUUUAUUUGUUCAGUAAUGGCUGAAGAAGUGACUUAUGCUACUCUCAAAUUUCCAAAUCAUUUUAAGACAAACGAACCUCAGGACAGCCACAGUCUCAAGAGAACAGAUAAUCAUGACAGGCCAGAGUUGGAGCUGGAAGAUAAAGCUGAAACUGGAACAGGGAGUGUUGAGGCCACAGCUAAGGUGGCUGAGAGCAGAGCUAUGAGAGGUCAUAGUGUUCCAUCAAAGGUGUGGUGCACUAUUGCUUUCAUCUCACUCUCGCUGAAACUGGUGAUGCUGGCUGGACUGGGAACCCUAGUCCUAAUAAAUUACUACAAACUCUUCAGCAGCAACACAACAGCUUCUGACAUGCAACCAGUCCUCACGGAACAGGUGGAGAGAAACACAACAUUAGAUGUGAACGUGCCUAAAAAUGGCUCAGGCCAGGGAUUUUACUCUUGCUCCAAGCUGUGGAUAUGGCAUGGAAACUGCUGUUACUACUUUUCCACCGAGCUAAAGACUUCCAAUACGAGUAACAGUGAUUGCGGAAAGAAUCAUUUCUCCCUGAUGAAUACAGACGACAGUGAAAAUUGGAAUAGAACCCAGCUGUUCUUUAGAUGUCUUCCAUCGCCUGUUUCCUGGAUGGAUCUGAAUUUCACUCUCGACAACACAAAUCAGACAGUGGAGGAUGUUUCAAACGUUUCCAUGUUGACUUGUUUGGCACCCACAUAAGUAUUUCAAGUGCUGGAACAGUGACGUAUUCAGUAUUCAAUGGAAAUGGAAUAAUUUGAAAAUCUAAGAACUCUAGUCGUUACAUCUGUGAAAACAAAGUAAAUGUACCAAAUUCUCAAUCUCAAGUAAAUGCAAACACUCUUAGUUUAUUAUAAUAGCGUGGCAUGUAGAAAUAACCAUAUAAGCUGAAACUAUGCAAAAACAGUCUCACAAUCAAAUGAAGGAGUCCUGUCCUGGCGCAGAAGAAACGAAUCCAACUGGGAACCAUGAGGUUGCAGGUUCAAUCCCUGGCCUCACUCAGUGGGUUAAGCAUCUGGCAUUUCUGUGAGCUGUGUUUUAAGUUGCAGAUGCGGCUCAGAUCUUAACCCACUGAAUGAGGGUUAAGGAUCUGAGCUGUGGCAUAGGCUGGCAGCUGUAGCUCCGAUUGGACCCCUAGCCUGGGAAUCUUCAUAUGCCACAGGUGCGGCCCUAAAAAGCAAAAAUAAAUAAAUAAAUAUUAAAAAUCGUUGCAAUUCUCACUUGAAAAAAAAAUCAAAUGAGGUAAAUGUGAUUGUAUUGUGACCUUUAAGACUUUUGGUCAAAACAUUAAAAACCCUCUUACGGUUGAUUAUAAUUAUAUAGGAAAAAAUUUUAAGUAAAAUUAACAUUAUUUAAUCCAUUUUAAUUUAAAAUAUUAGAAGCGUCGAGAAUUAAAGUGGUUUAUUUUGUUUACCCAGACUAGCAUAGACAGUGCUACAAGUUCUUACAGUACAACUUACUAUACAGAUUGAACAUCUUUUCUACACGUAGGCAAAUUCUCCUUUCUAAGUUGGGAUCGACUUUUAUCAUUCUAUCCUUUCUGUGCUCAAAGACAUGAAAUAUUUCCAACAGCUCCUUUAAUGUGAAGUUUCUUUGCCGGUGUCAUUUCUUUUAGAUAACAUUGUUUUUCUUCACCACAAUUACUUUUCUUACUUAUGACGAUAAAUUUCUUUCAGUAAGAUCUUUCGACUGCAUGUUGAGACUAAAGUAAUGGCAGAGUCAACAUUCCUACAGUCAGCGAUGUUUCUUACCUGUAUUUAGAUUAUUAUUUACACAGUGUGGUAAAGGUUCCUGUCUUGCUAAGAAGAUGUUAUGCACCAUUGUUUCCUGCCAGGAUGCUUGCAUAUUUUUAGCUGCGUGCUUCAUGUCAUAUUUCUAAAGUUCAGCUAAAGAAAUUACGAUUGCAUUAUCACCUCUGUCUAAAUAUCCAAGAUAAAAGAUUUUAAAAGUUAAAAUAACUCUGGUUUAUUGACUGGAUUAAUAUUGAAUUGACUCCAGCAACUUUUUUUGAUAGGCAAGAAAUCGAAUGAUUAAGGUAGGACGCUUGUGAGAGAUGCAAGCGGGCAGGCAAGGAGGCUUUGCCAACUCCAGCAAUUUUUAAACUCAUUAAUGUCUAUCUUACUCCCACUGUUAUUACCUGUGUAGAACACCGGAUGUAGAGGUGAUCAGUGACCUCGUCUCCUCCCUCAAGCUGCUCCGUGUGCACCUAUAAGAUAUUAGUAAAAACUCUUUUUUAUUUAUCCUUUAAUUCAGAUAUUCUUCAUCUGGGUUUA